GCUGAGCCUCCGUGGCCUUUUGGAUCUGGACCCCUCUGGCCCCUCCGCAUUUCUGAUAUCUCGGGUCAUGUAGAGUUUGGUUCUCCUAGAAAUAUCCGACACGAGUCUUUUAGGUCUUUGGGAUUAUUCCAGCCGCAGGUGCUGGGUCUUCUUACCCUGAUUAUAUCACAGAUUAGCAAAGCCGGCCAUACUGACGACCUGAGAUGAGCGACUACAUUCCCAAACAAGAUCUGCGCCUCCCCACAUCCAGACUUCAAUUUUUGGCAAUUUACUCGAUAUAAAUGCAGUCUUGCAUCGUCUUACAGUUCCCGUCCGACUUGUGUGUUGAGUUACAUCAACUUGGUGGGGUUAUAGAAGUGUGCGCACGAUCGCGACUGCCAUGACUGGAAUCAAUCGAUUUCUCUCAAAGCGGGAGGGAAAGCGCGACCGAGAUGGCGACAACAGCCAUAGUCAUGCUUCUGCUCCUGCCAAUUCCAGUUCCAAUUCCCUUAGCUACAGCCACAGUGUAAGGCAUAGCCACAGUCCUCAUCGAUUUCUCAGUUCAGGAAAGAAGUCAGAGUCAUCUGCGCCAAGUCCUGCCAACGUUCCAAAGCCAGUGGAUCCAAAUUCCGCUGCUGACUUCUAUGGCCUCUUUGAUGCUCGUGGGAACUCGGCUGAUAUCCUCGAGGAGCAGAAGAUGAAAACCUUACGACAACGCCUGAUGAAAAGCAAGGGUGUCAAUAUUCGUGAUGCCCAAAUUCUCUGGGCAUUGCGGUCAACUAACACCAACGGAGACGUGGAUUCCACCUACGCUCUCUUGCUUGCCAUGUCCGAUGCCUCUGAAGGCAUACUCACACCCUUUGAUCCUCGAACCAAACUACUUGGCGCUCAAAACAGACAUGCUGUCACCUGCUACCUUGAUUCCACCCUCUUCUCCAUGUUUUCGCGCCUCGACAGCUUCGAGGCUAUGCUCUAUAAUUCAUUCCCCGAUGUGUCUAGAAACAAACUGGCAUUUGUGAUCCGACUCUGGGUCAACCUUCUCCGUUCAGGCAGAUUAAUCACCACUGAUAUCACCGAGGUUUUACAAAAGGUCAUCGCUGAAUGUGGCUGGACCGAAGCAGGAGACUUGCACCAACAAGAUGCCUCUGAAGCUUUUACCUUUAUCACUGGUAAAUUGGAGCUGCCGUUGAUGACGUUGAAGAUGGAUAUUUUCCACACCGGCAAAGAAGACGCAACUGAUGAUCACAAAUUCGUCAAUGAGCGCCUCCUCGAGGUUGCUAUUCCUCAGGAAUGGGCCGACAGCAACAAGGAAAUUACUCUGGAAGAGUGUCUAGAGGAGUAUUUCAACAAUCGUAUUGAAGUACGGAGACAUAUGGAACGACGUUCGACCAUGAAUUCCAUCAGAAAGUCAAACGCUAUCCACAUCGAGACCGUGGAGUUGGAUUCCGAUUCCUCUCCAAUCACUCCCAUGUCCUCAUCCCCCAGUCAAAUUUCUCCACUUAGACCUUCCAACAGGCAUCGUGCUCCUAGCAUCAUCCAGGAACGUUAUGUGCCUUCCAGAAACGAAAGUGGUUUCACUUCCUUGGCAACUAUCAACUCGAAGGAUUCCACCGGCCGACCCCGCGCGGGUAGUGUCCGUAAAGAGGUGAUGAUGCCCGCCUGGCAGUUUUUCAGUUUGAUUCCGUGGUACACGGAUAACGCACCGACCAACGAUGCUCAGGUUGCUGCUCAUUUUUCUACUAAACGUCCGGUGCUCGGCCUCUGUUUGAAAAGGUACUCCUUUACACCUGCCGGCAAAGCCAUCCGUCUCGACACCAAGAUAGACAUUCCCGUCGAAAUUGGAGUUCCUCAUUUUAUCCAAGAUGAUCACGUGGAAGAGAUUGGUGCCCUCCAUGGCGUCUUCAAGCUUUCAUUGCAAUCGGUUGUGUGUCAUCGAGGCAAUUCGGUUGACUCUGGCCACUACAUUGCGCUGGUCCGAGGUACAGCACCUCCUUCAACCUCGGACAGCAGCUUUGCCCCAGACCACACCAAAACUUGGAUGAGAUUUGACGAUCUUGCACCUAAUCGCAUCACCAUGGUCGACAUCGAGAAAGCCCUCAAAGAAGAGACACCAUAUCUUUUAUUCUAUCAAAUCAUGCCCACGGACGGAGAUCCCAGCAAUAUCACAGCCGGCGAAACAAGUCUAGCCUCGGCCGCUGAUAAUAACUACUCCCUGAGCGAAUUGUCAACAACAUCCACCCUCACCAAUCCGUCAGAGGAUAGCAAAGUGGCCCAGAGCCAACUCAGUUUGGAGAUUCCUUUCCGACAGAAUGGAAGAGGUCGGUCUCCCACGGGGGAACGACGAACGAGUGUGGUUUCAUUCACCGAUUUGCCACCGGAGUACUCCAGUGAGAAGCUCAGUGUUCCUGCUGACUCCGGCACUGCCAGAUCCUCUUCACCAGGUCUGUCUGCAUCUCAGAACAAAAGCAACGAGGGUGGACUAGGACGCCGAUUAUCAAAGUUGGCGAGGAGAAGCCGCGAAGUUCUCCCGGCAGACCUUGCUCCGAAGAUGGAGGUUCAUGUCACUCCUGUGGGGGAUGGACUGGGUUCUAGAAGGAGCAGCCUGCAAAUGCCGAGCAAUAGCAACAAUGCGGCAUCUCAUCAGACCCAUGGAGAUUCACACAAACAUCACAAACGAGAAAAGAGUCGUGGAAGGCUUUCACGGAGUAAAGUUCGAGCAGACGGUCAAAAACCUGAUCGGGAAUGCACAAUCAUGUGAAGAUGUGAUUAUGGGCUAUUGUCUUUAGACCAUGUCUUUGUGGUAGCAUUCAAUUCUGGCGCUGCUUCUGGGGUUGAACUUUUCGAGCGUCGUUUGAUGCGCAUGAGUCGAUAGAUCUUUACGAUACUUUAUGAUCAUGUUGCCUUAGUGGCCUUUGGGGAAAAGGCGAUUGAUAUACAGAUCCGUCUCGGUCCCAAUUAGCG